UAACAAACCCCAAUUCCUCUGUUUCCUUGAUCGUUCAAACCAUUACGCGCAAACAGGGCUUCAAAUACCCCACGCAUCCGAUUGAACCCCUCAUUCAAUCACCGGAGGAGUUUGGUCUCUGCAACGUUUCAAUGGACGGCAACACAAUCCCAGCAAACCCCUCUUUCCGAUUCCUUAUAAUGAUCGACUGCUUUCGUUUUCAGAAACUGGGCUCUUGGCUCUACGCCUUCGCUAGCGGAAAACGAAAGCAGUGGAGUUUACCAGCUUCUGAAACGGCUAAAUCGGAACAGAGGAAAGAGGGCGGCGAGAGGGUUAGCAGAGAGGAAAUGAAAUGGGUGAUGGAGGAAUUGGGGCUUUCUUGGGGGGAAGAGACGGAGGAAUCGCUUCCUGGGUUUGCGUCGAUGGAAGAGAUGUGUAAGAUUUUCGAUCAAACGGCGGCGAGUGCGGCGGAGGUGAAGGAAGCUUUCGAUGUGUUUGAUGUUAAUAGCGAUGGGUUCAUCGACGUUGAGGAGUUGCAGAGAGUGCUAUGCGUUUUGGGGUUCAAAGAAGGAGAGGCGAUUCAGAACUGCCGGAGGAUGAUUAACAAGUUUGAUGAGAACAACGAUGGCAGAAUUGAUUUUCAGGAAUUUGUUAAAUUAAUGGAGUCUGCUGUUUAUUAAUUAAUUUAUUUAUUCAAUUAAUUAUAGUAAUUUCUCAUAGUGGUCGAAAUUCAAGCCUUUUACCCCUUCGUGUUCUUGUUUUUCUGGGCGUAAAUGGCUUUGACAUUUUGGCCCAUCCUAUUUAUCUCUGUAAUUUUUAUAUAUAAUCCAGUUACUUUGUUGGGUUGGAUAUUGAA